GAGGUGAAUUUUUGGGGUUAGAGGAGGGAUGGCAUGGGUGGCAGUGGCGCCCUGUUGAUGGGUGCAGAGGUGAAUUUUUGGGGUUAGAGGAGGGAUGGCAUGGGUGGCAGUGGCGCCCUGUUGAUGGGUGCAGAGGUGAAUUUUUGGGGUUAGAGGAGGGAUGGCAUGGGUGGCAGUGGCGCCCUGUUGAUGGGUGCAGAGGUGAAUUUUUGGGGUUAGAGGAGGGAUGGCAUGGGUGGCAGUGGCGCCCUGUUGAUGGGUGCAGAGGUGAAUUCUUGGUGCGCUUCCUGGCCUGCAGCAUUAAUUUCCUCUGUUGUGUCCGCCUUGGAUGUGGAGCAGGUGGCCCUAAUGAAAUGCCUGAAAGAAUAGGGGCAGAUAAAGGAGGCUCCUUCUGAAGCCCAGGAGGCUCUCUCAUUUUUCCAGUGCAAACUAAGAGAUGGAGAGGCACUGCUGAUCUCAUUUGAGAUGAGUAAUUUGCCCUAGCUAGUGGGUGAUGAAGUUGAAAUCUGCACCCCAAAGCUCCUGUUCUAUUAUACAAUGCCUCAGGGACAUUUGUCUCCUAACUAAGCUGAGAGCCAAGGAGGGAAACCAUUCUCAAUAAAGAAUGUAUUCUGAAAUGUGGAGAUGCUACAGAUCAGACCUAUGUUGGCAGGUUUCCUGGAAGACAUGGUAAAAGUCAGCUUUGUUUCCUUUAGGUGAAUCCCGCGGCCCUCCAAAUCAUCACAUGGGCCCGAUGUCAGAGAGGCGGCAUGAGCAGAGCGGCGGGCCUGAGCAUGGGCCCGAGAGGGGGCCUUUCCGGGGUGGCCAGGACUGCAGGGGUCCCCCUGAUAGGCGUGGCCCUCACCCAGACUUCCCCGAUGACUUCAGCAGACCAGAUGACUUCCACCCUGACAAGCGCUUUGGCCACCGGUUACGUGAAUUUGAGGGGCGAGGAGGACCUUUACCGCAAGAAGAGAAGUGGAGGCGAGGGGGCCCUGGGCCUCCGUUUCCCCCUGAUCACAGGGAAUUCAGCGAGGGGGAUGGCCGGGGUGCAGCCCGAGGCCCUCCGGGGGCGUGGGAAGGCCGCAGACCCGGAGACGACCGUUUCCCCCGGGAUCCCGAGGACCCACGUUUUCGAGGGCGCAGAGAAGAAAGUUUCAGAAGAGGAGCCCCGCCGAGGCAUGAGGGCCGUGCUCCCCCGAGAGGAAGGGAUGGUUUUCCUGGUCCUGAAGACUUUGGUCCAGAGGAGAAUUUUGAUGCUUCUGAGGAAGCGGCCCGAGGACGAGAUCUCAGAGGUCGAGGUCGGGGUACCCCACGAGGAGGAAGGAAGGGUUUACUUCCCACUCCUGACGAGUUCCCUCGCUUUGAAGGAGGGCGGAAGCCAGAUUCCUGGGAUGGAAACAGAGAGCCUGGGCCGGGUCAUGAACAUUUUCGUGAUGCUCCCCGACCCGAUCAUCCCCCUCACGAUGGUCAUUCCCCAGCCAGCAGAGAACGCUCCUCUUCUCUCCAAGGCAUGGACAUGGCAUCCCUACCUCCCCGAAAGCGCCCCUGGCAUGAUGGCCCAGGCACUUCUGAGCACAGAGAGAUGGAGGCCUCAGGAGGCCCUUCUGAAGACCGAGGAGGCAAAGGCCGCGGGGGCCCAGGACCUGCCCAGAGAGUGCCCAAAUCUGGGCGUUCCAGCUCUUUAGACGGAGAACACCACGAUGGAUACCACAGAGAUGAACCUUUUGGGGGCCCUCCAGGCAGUGGCACCCCUUCUCGAGGGGGCCGGAGUGGCAGUAACUGGGGUAGAGGGAGUAACAUGAACUCUGGCCCGCCGAGGCGAGGAGCUUCACGGGGUGGUGGAAGGGGUCGGUAGAAGUUGGAACUGAGUACCCUGAGGCCUCUCUGGACAGUAUUUAAGAACUUCUUGUGGACUUACCAAGAGAAACAAAAGGAAGCCUGCACCAUUGUAGCCCUGAACUCUUCUGGGCACCUGAAUCCCAGGAACCCUCAAUGAGGUCUUCAAGAUGAAGAGACUGCUGCCAGCUACCAGCCCAGCUGGCCCUUUCCUGUCCUGUCCACCCUCAUUGCCCCAACUCCCAUGUUGUUUUGUGAAGAUAAAAGCUGGGAUCUUUUUUUUUUUUUUAAGUCUCACAAGACAUGGGGCAUCUCCACAAAUUUAAGUUCCUGUCCAUUUGGAAAUUUGUUUCUAUGUGUACAGUUUGUCAGAGAAAAACAUAAAAGUUUUUGUAUGAAUACAGAAUGUGAUUUACGCAAGAAUUAACAGAAAACUAGUUGUGGAGUGCUUGCCUUAAGGAAACCUUUGGUUUCCAUCGCAUCCCAUCUGCCGAGGAGUGCACGGUUAUCGCUGAUGUUCAUGAGCAUAGUAACCACUAAGUCAUCUAAAUUAAUCUCAGCUGUGAACUUUGUGUUUCUCAACAAAUUCUGUCACACCAUUUUUGUGAUAGAGAAAUACUUGAAGAUUAAUGUAGUUUGUAGUAGGUUCAAAGUUAUACUCAGACAUGCUCUGACAGAUGGAAAACUGAACUCUGAAGAGAAAAUGCAGUCUUCUGGCUGUCCAGCGAGGGAGCUCCCCCUUGGAAGCAUCUCCUAGGAAUCACAGUGUAGAUUUGAAUCGCCUUGUCAGGAUGAGGAGAGCAACUUGAUGUUAGUCAGAAAUAACGUCACAUGCCCUUUAGAUAACUUGAAAUCACACAUGGAGUUGAUAAGGAAUGGACCAAAAUAGCUCCUAAAACCAUUUUGGAACACUUAAUUAAUCUCUUUCUCUUCCAUACUAGCUAUGUGGAAAUACCAGUGUUAUGGCAGGGUGUACUUCUAAUUCAUAAGCCAGACAGAUCUUGUCCAUGGCAAAUUCCUUGUUUGAAAUAAACAUACCAUUUAGCCCA